CGACUAACUAUAUGAUCGAUCGAGUUCUCCUGAGUGAGAUUACCGUUCUCUUCAUCGAGAUCCGUAGUCUCUCCUUGGAGUUCCAGUUUUAGGGUGUCGAUUCCGAUAGUUGUUUAGGAGCUGUGUUGGUCGAUUUAUUGCUUUCCGUUCUUGCGAUUUCGUCUUGUUGGGUCUUUUCUUUUCGGGUUUGGGGGUUUCUGGUUACGUUAGGGUUUGUUAUUUUAUUUUCCUUUCUGCUUCCUUUUCUUAUGCUCUUUGUCUUCUGGCUUGGUUUCUGAUCCGUCGAUUAGUAGGCAGUCUUACUGUAUGGAACAGGAUAUUAGCGAGCUUCUCCUAAAAAUUAAAAUCUCCAAGAAGGAGGAUGAGAAUGUGGAACUAUCAGAGGUGGACAUUGCUCAAGGUCUGCGAGAAUGUCAAUUGAGUCUGAUAGGGCAGUUUUAUGGGGAAAAGCAGAUAAACUUCAGCGGAAUGAUGACAACUCUUACGGGUAUUUGGGCGAGGAAACCAUUUAAGGUCCGGAAUUUAGGGGAAAACAAAUUUCAGUUCAUAUUCCAAGCUGAAGAAGAUAAAGAGAAGAUCUUGUCCGGUAAAACCUGGUCUUUCGACGGACAAUAUCUGCUUUUGAAAAAUUGGAACCCGGAGGACCUCACCUUUUCAGAGGAAGAGUUGUGUAUUCGCAUCUGGGUGCAAGUUUGGAAUCUUCCUCUUCAUUGGAUGUCAAUGGAAGCAGGGGCGAAGAUAGGGCAGAAAAUUGGCCGUGUUAUUAAUGUGAUCAUGCCGGGAGCAGGGAGUGUUAAAGGUCAAGUUAUCAAGAUUUUGGUGGAGCUGAAUUUAAAGGAGCCAAUACCCAGAGGCACCAAACUGACGGUGGGCAACGAGAAUAGAUGGGUGGAAUUCAGGAAUUGCCAAUUGAAAAAAGAAGAUCUCAAGAGGAAUGUGCUUAAUGUUGGUCAAUACGGAGAGUGGUUAAGAUCUAAUUACAUAAAUAUUGGGGAGAGUAGAAAUUCUUAUUCGAUAAAUUCUGAUGGCUUAGCUAGUGAGCCUGAGAGCCAUGGUUCUCCCAAAAAAUUCUCUUCUCCAAUCAUUCCAGAGAAGGAGGGUUCUCCAGGGAAUGGGGUUAGAGAUGUGGGUAGUAGUGGGUUAUCUAAACAGGGAGAUCUGAGAGGGGACCCUUGUAUUUCUAAGGGUAAAGAGGUUAAUAUAGGUAGGGAGGAGGGUGAGAGGGCAGGGCUUAGUGAGGUUGAGUAUUGUGAGGGGUCUGCUUUAUGUGAUGAUCAACUGGUGGAGGUUAAUAUUCAACCUUCAACUAUAGGGGAAAGAGUUAUUCUGAAAAAGAAGAACACUUUCAUCAGAAAACCUAGAGUACCAGGAAUGGAUUGUGAUAACACAUCUGUGGAAGCAGAGGGUGGUCAUAAUCAACAACUGGUUGAGAUGUCCCUAGAACUUGGUGGCAAUGCGCCCUGUGUAGUUUUCGACGAUGCAGCUCUUGACGUUGCUUUAAAUGGAAUUGUGUGUACUCUGGCAACAAAAUUCCAUAACAGUGGCCAAACAUGUGUCUGCGCAAAUAGAAUACUAGUGCAAGAAGGUAUAUAUGAGAAAUUUGCACAUGCCUUUUCAAAUGCGGUUGAGAGCAUGAAAGUUGGGAAUGGCUUUGGCGAUGGUGUGGUACAGGGCCCUUUGAUAAAUGAUGCUGCAGUACAUAAAGUUAGUUUCUGUUCACAUUUGCAAUGUAUGUUAUACAAACCUUGCACUUUACCUGUAAAUGACCAUCUUAGAGUUGACUCGCAGGUUGAAUCGUUGGUCCAAGAUGCCAUCUCAAAGGGAGCUAAAGUCCGCAUUGGCGGCAAGAGACACAGACUUGGGAUGACAUUUUAUGAGCCUACGGUGAUAACUGAGGUCAACAGUGACCUGCUGAUAUCAAGGGAGGAAGUAUUUGGGCCGAUUGCACCUCUUCUUAAAUAUAAAACCGAGGAAGAAGCUAUUUGCAUGGCCAACAACACCAAUGCAGGUCUGGCUGCCUACAUCUUCACAACAAAUAUUCAACGAUCUUGGCGUGUACGUGAAGCUCUUGAGUAUGGGCUUGUUGGAGUCAACGAAGGACUAAUCUCGACUGAGGUGGCCCCAUUCGGAGGCGUGAAGCAAUCUAGCCUUGUCCGUGAAGGGUCAAAGUAUGGGAUGGAUGAAUAUUUAGAAGUUGGCGUGGUGCUUUGCAUUGUCAAAGCCGGAACACAUAGUUGACAUGGAAUUUGGCGCUAUCUUUGUGUGAUGGAUGAGUGUUGAA